GCGAAGCGCUGCGGGCAGCGGCCGCGCCGGCACCGGCACCGAGCAGGGCCGCUGGGCAGGAUGUUUUCCUCGGUGCAGCCCUACGAGAACCAGCGCUACGGCUCUCUGAAGAAGGAGUGUCAGCGGCGGAAGCAGCUCUUUGAGGAUCCCCUUUUCCCUGCCAACGACGACUCGCUCUUCUACAAGUCCAGGAUCCAGGGAAUCCAGUGGAAGCGCCCAAAAGAAAUCUGCAAUGAUCCCCAUCUCUUUGUGGAUGGGAUCAGCUCCCAUGACUUACACCAGGGCCAGGUUGGGAACUGCUGGUUCGUGGCUGCCUGCUCCUCCCUCGCGUCCCGGGAGUCUCUGUGGCAGAAGGUCAUCCCAGACUGGAAGGAGCAGGAGUGGAAUCCUGAGAAACCCGAGAGCUACGUGGGGAUCUUCCACUUCCAGUUCUGGCGUUUCGGGCAGUGGCUGGAUGUGGUGAUAGAUGACCGCUUGCCCACACUCCAUAACCAGCUCAUCUACUGCCACUCCAACUCCAGGAACGAGUUCUGGUGUGCCUUGGUGGAGAAAGCUUAUGCCAAGUUGUCAGGCUGUUACGAGGCCCUGGAUGGAGGCAAUACAGCUGAUGCCCUGGUAGACUUUACUGGUGGGGUCUCUGAACCUAUUGACCUGACUGAAGGUGACUACAUUGCUGAUGAAGCCAAGAGAAACCUUCUCUUUGAGCGUGUGUUGAAGGUACACAACCGAGGAGGCCUCAUCAGCUGCUCCAUCAAAGCCACGUCGGCAGCUGACAUGGAGGCCCGCCUGGGCUGCGGGCUGGUGAAGGGCCACGCGUACGCCGUGACGGACGUGCGGAAGGUGCGGCUGGGCCACGGCCUGCUGUCCUUCUUCAAGGCAGAGAAGCUGGACAUGAUUCGGAUGCGCAACCCCUGGGGCGAGCGGGAGUGGAACGGCCCUUGGAGCGACACCUCUGAGGAGUGGCAGAAAGUGAGUAAAAGUGAGAGAGAGAAGAUGGGGAUGACAGUGGAAGAUGAUGGAGAAUUCUGGAUGACCUUUGAAGAUUUCUGCAAAUACUUCACAGACAUCAUCAAGUGCCGUCUCAUCAACACAUCCUACCUGAGCAUCCACAAGACCUGGGAGGAGGCAGUGCUACAUGGGGCAUGGACCAGAAGCAAUGACCCCCUGAAGAAUCGCUCUGGAGGCUGUAUCAACCACAAGGACAUCUUUUGGCAGAACCCCCAAUACGUGUUUGAUGUGAAGAAGGCAGAAGAUGAAGUGCUGAUCUCCAUCCAGCAGAAGCCAAAAAGGACCAGUCGCAAAGAGGGCAAAGGAGAGAACUUGGCCAUAGGCUUUGAUAUCCAUAAGGUGGAGCUGAACAGGAACUACAGGAUGCACAGCCUGCAGCAGAAGGUGGCCAGCUCCAUCUACAUCAACUCCCGCAGCGUCUUCCUGAGGACCGACCUGCGGGAAGGCCGCUAUGUCAUCAUCCCCACCACUUUUGACCCCGGCUAUGUCGGCGAGUUCCUUCUCAGGAUUUUCACAGACGUGCCUUCAGAUUGCAGGGAGCUGACGCUGGAUGAGCCUCCACACACCUGCUGGAGUGGGAUGUGUGGUUAUCCACAAGUGGUAUCCCAGAUCCACGUCCUUGCUGCAGCUGGGCUCAGGAAUCAGGAGUCUCAAGGAGGAGCUGACCCUUAUGUGAUCAUAAAGUGUGAAGGACAAAAGGUUCGCUCUCCAGUGAAGAAGAACACAGUGGCUCCUGAAUUUGAUGUGAAAGGGCUCUUCUACCGCAAGAAGCCAGGACAACCCAUCAUUGUUCAGAUCUGGAACCACAACUUAAUAAGUGACGAGUUCAUGGGCCAAGUGUUGCUGCCAGGGGAUCCCAAUGACCUACAGUCAGUUCACACCCUGCACCUGCAGGACAAAGGGAACAGGAGAUCAAACGACCUGCCUGGAACCAUCGCCGUGAAGCUGCUCAGCAGCAACGUCCUCACCAACAUCUGAGCUCUCAAGGACUCUUCUUCUGGUGCCACAUAUGUGUAUAUAAACAUGCACAAACACACACACACACAUCUAUAUCCCCUCCCUGCCAUCUGCCAAGCAUCUCUGGCCUCUGCAUGCAUUCCACCCAAAGGAGCCAAUCUGGUUUGCAACGUUCAAAGCAACGGUGCCUUUAUGGGGAACCGCAACCAUCCUGCUGCUGCCAUCCUCUGCAGCCCUUCAUCCCUGCUGUGUGGGAUGGCCCUGAGCACGCUGGGUGCCCUGACAGCCAGAGCACCCAUGCCCUGAUGCUGUUUGUUUACACAGGCUGGCACACACGUGCCCACCAAGCACACGCGUGGUCACCGCCGUCCCAGCGGCCGCUUCGGCGCCUCGUGGAUGUGUCUGCUUGGCUGUAGAGUAGUGUGGAGUCAUCUCCUGUGAAGCUGCCUCUUCAUUGCUUCUCCCCAGGGGCAUCUCAGCAAAGGAGGAGUGGGGAAAAAAAUGGAUUGGGGGCUUUUGGGUGUUUUGUGGGUGUGGGUUUGCACACUGCAACGAGGAGGAGAAUGCAGCGAGGCAUCUCAAAUCCGCAUCUCAGAUGCACAGGGGCGAGAAGGCUCCAUCAUUUUAGGGACAAGCUGCUUCCUCCUGAAGUCUUCUUCAACCCCAUGCAGUUCUGAAGGAUACAAAGAUGCCAACAACAACAACAACACCGAGAUGACUGUUGUGUGGGGUCAGGUUUUGGGAUCAGUCUGGACUCAGCUCCUGCGUGUGCCUCUCGAACUGCCACGGUGCCUGCUGUCUCCAUGCCUUCCUGCAGCCCCUGUCCCAGGAGUUCAGCCCUACUAGCUGGGGUUGGUUGUCUGCUCCCCAGCCAUUCAGUGUUUAGGUAAGAGGAGAUCAGUUCCUCUGAAAGCCAGAGCAUCAGGGCCAAGGGAUGGGGAGCUUUGCUCAGUGGGCUCCAUCUUUCCUGCUGCAUCCAGUGCAUCGUUUCUCAGUGCCUGGCUUUCCCUAGUUGGUUUAAGAAGCAGUGGGAUGUUGGCCUGUGCUAGAGGACAGGAGAGGAGCAACGCUCCCAGUACAGCCUGAACAUGCUGGGAAUGUGUCAUUCACACCACUGUCCACCUCUCACCUUUAAUUUCCAGCCUGGCCUGAAGGAUGAGUUCUAGAGCUAGGCUGGAAGCACAGCCUAAGAACAUCCUUGGGGCCAUGGUUAGGGCCUUGCCCUGCUCCUGUUUGCCAUAAAGACUGGGUUUAUUUUUACCUUCUUCCACUGGGUGGCAGAAUCUGACUUCUCACAAGCCCUCCCAGAUGAGCCAAACAACAAACCCCUGCCUUGCCUUUCAGGCAGGUUUCAAAGCAUUCUUUUCCCCUCUGGUUGUUUAGGUUGUGGGGUUUUGUGUUUCUUUUUCAUUCACGUGCCUUUAAAAAUGGUGCAAGCUAAGGGAGUCUUCUGUCAAGUUUUCUACCAAGUCACCUGCAUGCAAGUGGAAGUGAACACAGAUGAUGUGAAUUCUGACCUGAGCAGAGUGCUCUGCCUGCAAGGACAAGUGAAGAGGAAAGCCUUCUUUUGCCACAGCAAGCAGGGUUUCUGCUUGCCCUGUCCCAUGCCCAUGUUUGUGCUGCAAGUCUGGCUUCUUCUUUAAAGCCCCUAAAGAUCUGCUGAGUCUGUAACCUGGUAAGAUGUUCCCCUGAGUCACAUUACCAGCCAGCUCAGUUCUUGGUGCUCCCAGAAGCACGUGGUCCAGCUGCCUCAGUCUUUGCAGGCUGUGUUUCCCCUUUCCUCAGCUUCAGAGUUUUACCUCCUGGGUUAUGAAUGGGGGUUGUUGACCAAAUUGCAUAUUUUCCAGGGCUUAGAGGCAAAGCAGCAGCUCACAGGAUGCUCCCUCCAGGCCUCAGUUAUUCCUGGCUUGCACUGAGCACCCUCCAACUCCUGGUGCCAUCACUGGGACCUAGUUUAGAUCAGCAUCUUGCAGAAUUGGCUCAAAUGCAGUUGUUUUAAGUGACAUUUUGACCUCAAAGUCAAGGCACAUCCCUGGACAGACCAAUUCAGAGAUAUUUUGAUUUCAUUCUGGGUUUGUUCAUGGAAAUAAAUGGAAGCAGCAUUGUGGGGUUAGAAGGUUGAGGUCUUGGGAGAAGAUCUCACAGGUUCAUCUUCAGAGUGGGAUGUGAGAUGGAGUGUGAUGCCCAAAGAUAUCUCAGCUGGCAGCCAGAAGAGCUGUUUAGCUAAGGGAGAGCAUCACAGGAGCUUUGCACCAUCAUCAUCAUCACAUGGGGGUCAGCAGCCUGCCUGCAUUACCCUUGCUUUCUUGGGAAAUCAGGCUACUGAUAGCUUCAGGAGAGGAGAGCCCUGUGACCAGGAGUGCCCCUGUGAUCCCCAAGGAACAGUGCUGAAGCUUGCUGAGGUGUAGCACUGCCCUGCUACCCAUGGGCAGCUUCCUACCUACCUACAAUCAAGCCAUAAAGAGAGGAAAGGCAGCUUUUUAUUACCUUUCACACUGUAUCAGGACCAAAAUAUCUUAAUAUCAGUAAUAUUUGUCCUUUCUUUUGCCCCCAUCCAACAGCUUUUAUAGAAAGAGCAGGAGCCUUCUUGCCUCUACCUUUCUGAUGGAAUAACAACCACCAGCUUUGCUGCUUGCUUUGUUUGUGGAGCAGAUGAGGGAGGGCAGCUCUUGACAAGCCAUUCCUAACAGUGAUGCCUUUUCUGCUGGAAUGAAGAACCCAGAAAUACCCAGUUGCUUUUGUUGUCCCAGGGAGUGAUCAGCACUUUCCACUCCCUCCCAGGUGCCUGUAGGACGUGUCCCUAGUUUGUUUCCCAUUUCUUUCUGUCAGUCAUUUCAAUGGUUACAAGUAGCCUGCUGGCACACUGGGUGAAAUCCAUGUCUUGUUGACAUCUGCUUGUUAAAACAGGUUAAGGCUUUGUCUUCAUCUCCACAGGCACUGUCAUGCUGCACAAGGACAGAGAGUGGUCCGAGCCGAAAGCCAAUGUUGUACAGCUGUAAAC